AUGAAUUCGCUCGGAACAAUCAAAUCAGUUCUUGCGGACUCCGUCGUCUCCAAUUCCGCCCUCAAAGAGGCAUAUGACUUUGCCAACUUUAUUGGUGAUCGUUCCGGCCGGUUUAGGGAUGUUGCGCUUAACCCAGAGCAGAAGCACAAGCUGCGUCGGGUCCUGAACCACUUCCUCGUUCCAACCGUCAAGCCCAAGUUUGUGGACGAUGAACACAUCACACCUCACGAUGAUCGUCGGGUGCCAGAUGACUGGCUGGCUAAGACCGACGAAGACCUGAAGACGCCUGCUCGCAUGAUUGAUGUUGAUACCAUGAACAUGGUCACUACAUACAACCUCGGCUUGCACGACCAGUACUGCAUCGUGUCUCACAGCUGGAAAGGCUCUGAAGUCACCUACGGAUACUUUAGCGAGGCCAAGAAGUUUGAGCCCAAGAAUGGAUCUGCCAACAAAGAGUCCGAGGAACCCUCGAACGAUGUAAGCAGGGUUGUCAACAAAUGCAAACAAGAUAUCAAGGACCUGGAACACAAGAUCAAUUCUGCCCUUCCUCAUGUCCGUGAGAGAUCCGAUGGAAAACGCCCAGAGGAUAUCGCAACCCUUCUUCAGUGGUAUACAGACGCCAAUGGAGCUGAAUGGGCCCUUGGAAGCUCACAGAAGAAACUUCACGAUGCUACUGCCAGCUAUUCGAGCGCAGAAAGAGAGGCAGAAUAUUAUGAAGGUCUUUGGAAUGACAUAACCAAUCUCUCUGAUAAGAAACCCUCUGAGAAGUCAGAUGUCUCGACAGAGAAUCCGGAAAUGCAAAAAGUACAAGAGGCAAUCAAAACGCUGAAGAAAGAAGCACUGGACAGUCGCACAUCGGCGGAAACAAAACACAAAGCGGAUGCGAAAUCCAGAGAGGAUCAGGAUAGCACGAUCAAAUUCUUCGACCAGAAUCGCGAGUUGUGUUAUGGAAUUGAGGCACUACUUGUCGCGUUGCAACACAUCAGGUCCUCGCGGAAGAUCUUGGAGUCUAUCGCACAGGCCAAGAAGCUGUUUAAUGCGCACUUCCCUAUAGGAGGAAAGCGCUAUGUGUGGCUUGAUACGUGCUGUAUUAACAAGGGGGAUAGCUACGAGUUAACCGAGUCCCUGGCCUUGAUGGGAGACUGGUAUGAGAAUGCCGAUCUCUGUCUGGUCCAUGUUGAUACUCCACGGGAUGAAUCUUCUUGGAUUGAAGAGUGGAAGCACUGGAAGGACCCUUCCUAUAUUCCGGUGCCAUUGAACAUGACCAGUUUUGAUCAGAUUGGUGCCGGUGCCGAUGAAGCCGAAAAGAAGAAAUAUCAGGUGGAGUGGGCAACACGUGGAUGGACCUUGCAAGAGCUCGUGCUGAGCAAGGUGACCUACUACGUCAAUUCGCACUGGCAGAACUUGGUCCGACCGGUCGAGGUGCUUGGUCCCUUGUACUUCCUUCGUCCCUUUGUCAAACGCUAUCUGCGUCAUCCCUAUGUCAAGAGGUUCAACACAGCUCCUUCGGAGCAGAUUGCUACGCUGAAAGAACUCCUUUCACCGGAGCUCAUCCAGCCUGGAAUGUCUCAGGAGCAGGAGCUCACCCUCAUGCUUCAAUCCCUGGGCUUCGUGGCACCAAGAGGUUUGCAAGAGAAGUUGGCCGAAUCUCAAAUUGGAAAAGCAGUUCUCAACGCCUGCAGACAGCUGCCUAUAAAAUUGGAUAACCUCUUGGAUAAGAAGAGCAUUGCUAACGAUGCCUCUCUGUCCGGCCUCCGAUAUAAGCCUGACAUUGCUGGAAAAGCCGAGUCUGAACUCGCUGAAACAGAUGAACCCCAUCUCAGUGAAAAGAUUUCCCUUUUCAAUUACUUGCUGGCCACAUUGAUAAAUCUCACCGACCAAACGAUUCUCGACGACCGAAAGGCUAUUGCCAAGUUCAGCAAGAUCGAGAACAUGACAAAUUGGGUUGUUGGUGAUGGUCUCGGAAACUCCUCCGCAAGCACCUCCCUUGUCACAGCAUCGGACCGUGUCACCACUGUUGCCACGGAUCAAGCGUACUCUCUGAUGGGUAUUCUCGGCGUUAGAUUCCCUGCGUUCCCAGCAGAGGGUCUUCCUAAAGCCCUGGCCAGGCUGUUAGAUGAGGUCGUGAUCGCAUACAACGAUGUUUCGGUCUUUAACUGGUCCGGAAAACACCGUGGUAGCCCUCUCCACGGACGAUCGCUGUAUCCGGCGAGCAUUGACGCCUUUGUCGAUCCCGUGAACAACCCAAAUGUCAAGUCAAAAGCACAGACUAGUAGGCGAAUUCUGGAACUUUUCCGAGACCAGCGAGUGCGCCAGAGCGAGACCGCAAGCCAUGUGAAUACGCUUCUGGCUGAGAUGCUUGCGCUGAGUAAGAAGCUGCCAGAGCAAUGCUCAGUAUUUCAACAACUCGGUGAUCUGGCCACUAAAAUCAAGGAAACCAAUUUCGACAUACUGAAAGACCGUAUUGGAGAGUUGGAGUCGAUCGUUCAAAAGAUCCACGACUUUACUCCCGAAGAAGCGGACGAGGAAAUCAAGAAUCAGUCUCUUGCUGGCAGAUUGAACAACACUAUGGAACGUGUCGACUCGUUCUCCAAGAAUUUGAAGUUCGAAGCACCCAAGAUGGAAAUACCCAAGUUUGAAGUUCCUAAGAUGUCCUUUGGAUGGAAGAAGGGUGGCUCCCAGCCAACUGAAAAGGCCCAACCGAGCGAGCCGGCAACACCUGCCACACCUGCCACGCCCACGACCGCGGCGGAGGAAAGACAAGACCCAUACGCUGAUUUGAAAUCGGAUAUUGAAAAGGUUAUCAGUGCUCUUAGUGGCCCUGCGAAGGGCCAAGCCGAAUCUGCCAAGGACAAGCCACUGGACAAGCCACAGGACAAGCAGGUUGCCACAACUGAGGAUGCGAACAGCAAGGAUAGCAACACUCAGCUCAAGCAGCAAGAGGACCAAAGAAUGGUCUGUCCCAACCCAAUCACGGUGAGCAGUGGUGGUAUCCGGGGUAUCUUCGAUAUCCAAAGGAUCAUCGUCAAGAUGGUUGAGCCUGAUGUGCUGCGUUCCCGAAUCCGUACUGCAGUCAGAGGCCAGAAGAUCGACGGAUGGUGCAUCAUCAGUACCGGUCUCUCGAUGACACUGGUCGCGUUCUCUUGUGAGCGAGACGUGUUGGCGCAGCAGCUUGAUUUGUCGGAGGUCAUUGAGACUUCCCUUAAGCCCGAGGAGCCUUCCAAGGAUAUCACUGAGAAAGAACCACCAAAGGAGCAGGGCAUUCUGAGCGGACUCAACUUGGAAAAGACCCCCGAGCAGGUCAAGGUCGGCCGCAUGAUCAACUUCGUACAAAAGCAGAACCUCGACGGCAUCGCUGGAGAAUGGGUGCUGGCCCGCUUCUCGGGUGUCAAGGGAGCUAAAUGGUUCCUCUGCCUACUGAAACUUGGUGCUGGAAAUGAUUUGUACGGACGGAGAAUCCCCACCGAUGCUUUUAGCUUUGAGGAUGCUGCACCUGAGCAGGGUCUGACAGAGUACUGGCACCAAUUCACCAUGGAGAAGAAGGCGCGCACCUGCGAUACCCUCGACAUGUAUCUCAACCGCCAGAAGCUGUGGCAAGCUGCUGGUCACCAGAUGGAUGAAUUGUCGAAGGUGGAGAACCCCUCCCAGGGACCUGGCAAGCCAGGCUUCCAGGGCGAUUUGGAGACCGCAUGGGAGAUUGUGCAAAACGUCUCUCUGGACAAGGUUGUCAACUUGGGCAAGAUGACUGGACAGGGUCUUGGAGGCUUGGGUGCCGAGCUCUGGGCUAACCAUCUCGAGGGACGGAUUGAGAAGGGUGCUCUGAAGCGCGUGCCGGUGUCUCUGCGCACACCAGUGCGAGACCUUGACCGCAACCGGAAGCUGUUGCCAGCCAUGUUCCAUGCCGGCCGUGAGAUGCACAUGUUUUGA